GUUUGCUUCCCACAAUAGCCCCCUUGUAUUCUUUGUAUCAGUGCCUUCUGGACCCUGCCUCAUUGAUUUCACUUAGGUCCCACUGGUACUGCAGCCACAGCUUCACAGCUGAAUUAACUGGUUAUUUUUUAACAUCUCCAAGCUUCAGCUUAUUGAUUAAUAUUUUCCAGUGUCAGUCUGAUUUCAGGAAAUCGCAGCUAGUGGAGAAGAGAAUGACCCACAGAGAAGGUUUGAGAGCAGAUUCUAUCUACUUUACCCUGAAUGGGGCACCAUUUCGGAUCCUGGGAGGCUCCAUCCAUUACUUUCGGGUGCCCAGGGCAUACUGGAGAGAUAGGCUGUUAAAACUGAAGGCUUGUGGCCUAAACACCCUCACUACGUAUGUGCCAUGGAAUCUACAUGAACCAGAGAAGGGAGCGUAUUGCUUCAGUGAGCAGCUGGAUCUGGAGGCAUACAUUCAUCUUGCUGCAGAAUUAGGCCUGUGGGUGAUUCUUCGUCCAGGACCAUACAUAUGUGCUGAAUUGGACUUAGGUGGCCUUCCCAGUUGGCUGCUGAGGGAUAGAAAUAUGAAACUGAGAACGACUUACUUAGGAUUCACAACAGCAGUUAACUCCUACUUUGACAAACUCAUACCAAGAGUUGCACAUCUUCAGUUUAAAAGAGGAGGCCCUAUCAUUGCAGUACAAGUAGAGAAUGAGUAUGGCUCCUAUGCAAAAGAUGAACAAUACCUGACAUUUGUCAAGGAGGCUCUACUGUCCAGAGGAAUCACAGAACUUCUGCUGACUUGUGACAACCGCGAGGGUUUAAAAUGUGGAGGAGUGGAUGGAGUCCUCCAGACUGUCAACCUUCAGAAAUUGACCUAUGGUGCCAUACAGUACCUGGCUGACUUACAACCCCAAAAGCCAUUGUUGGUGAUGGAGUAUUGGUGUGGCUGGUUUGAUGUCUGGGGAGAGCCUCAUCAUGUAUUCUCGGCACAAGAUAUGACUGCAGCGUUGAAAGAACUUCUUGAUCGUGGAGUCUCUGUCAACCUAUAUAUGUUCCAUGGAGGAACCAGCUUUGGCUUUAUGAACGGUGCCAUUGACCUUGGCUCCUACAAACCACAGAUCAACAGCUACGAUUAUGAUGCUCCAUUAUCUGAAAGUGGGGACUACACCAACAAAUAUCAUCUCUUGAGGAACCUGUUGAGAUGCUUCCAUAACGAAGAGUUACCACACCUUCCUGCAGUCCAGGGCAAACAGGUGUAUGAGCCUAUGGUCCUUUCUGAGCAUAUUUCCUUGUGGGAAAGUCUUCAGUGUGCAGACAGGCCAUUCAGUUCAGAUGACCCAGUGAACAUGGAGGACCUGCCUUUCAAUCAUAAUAGUGGCCAGUCAUAUGGAUACACACUUUAUGAGACCACCAUAUACAGAGGUGGGGCCCUUAAUUCAAGGAACCAUGUUCGUGACCGAGCUCUAGUGUUUGUUGACAAAAACUUCUCUGGUGUUUUGGAUUACAGGACGCAGGAAAUUGUAGUGCCCCAUAGUGAGAGGGAGAGAAUUCUGAGUCUUCUUGUGGAGAACUGUGGGAGAGUUAACUAUGGUCCUGCCCUGGAUAAACAGCGGAAAGGCCUUGUUGGCGACAUCACUCUCAACCACACCCCUCUAAAGAAGUUCACCAUGUACUCAUUGGACAUGACGCACAAGUUUAUAAACAGGUUGCAGUCACUGAAGUGGAAGUCUGCAAGUCAAAAUCCCCUCUACCCUGCGUUCUUCAGAGGUAGUCUGAUAGUGGAAGGUCAGCCCAGAGAUACCUUUAUCAAGCUACCUGGGUGGCGCAAAGGAGUUGUCAUUGUGAAUGGGCAAAAUCUUGGACGCCACUGGUCUGUUGGUCCUCAGGAUACCCUCUAUCUCCCUGGUCCAUGGUUGAAGAGUGGAGAUAAUCAGCUGAUCGUGUUCGAGGAGCACAGAGCUGAAGGCAAAGUCCAUUUUGCAGAGAAUCCACAACAUGGCAAGAUAACUGAUGUGUCCAGACAACUAUUUUGUACUCUCCUCUAAAAAAGGAUUUUUUUCAUUUCAUUUCAUUUUUUCAUUUCA